AAGAAGAUGAAGAUGAUGAAGAUGAUGAAGAAGAAGAAGAAGAAGAAGAAGAAGAAAAAGGCCAACAGCAGGCCUGGUUUGCGUUACAGAAAUCGCGUCGCUCAGGAGCGCGGCACAAGAUCAUUCAAGAUCAGAAGUGAUGAUGACGAUGACGAUGACGAUGAUGACGAUGAUGACGAUGAUGAUGAGAAGAAGCAAAAGCAGUGUGCAGAUAGGAUGGAAGUAAGUAUGGAAGUAGCAAGGCAGGCAGGCAGGCAGGCAGUCAGUCAGUCAGUCAGUCAGUCUCAGCGACAACGACACGUCGAAGAACCAUCGUCCGAUCAUCAUCAUCAUCAUGAUAAUUUCCCGGGAGUCCGAUUCGUUCCAUCGAUCGGGGAACGGGUGCUUCUGGCAGCGGUAGAAGAAGAGGCUGAUGCUGCUGGUGCUGCUGGUGUUGCUGUUGGUUCUAGGUGGCAGUGGCAGAAGCAAAAGCAGAAGCAGAAGCAGAAGCAGAAGCAUAAGCUGAGCUUGAGCAGCCGCCAGAAAGCGGAGCACGUGCUCGAGGCGCAAAUGACGCGAACCUCCGGCUCCCCGCACCCGGAACACCAGCAUCGGCCGUCAGCCUUACCAGGGGGACCAGGGCUGCCUGGCCGCACAGCCACAAACCCAGCGGUGACUAUCAAUUAUCAAGAAGCGGCGUUUGCCCCGCCAAACCGCAUCGCGCGUGCCCGACUCGCAGCCAGACUCGCGAGGAAGAACUUUCUGAGAAAUUCAAACGCGAGGUUGAAAAACACAUGUUGGGGCCACGUGUGGGGUGGCGGCGAUGCUGCAGCGCUGCAUGGUCCCGGUGCGGUGCAGCAGCAAGACCAUCACCAUCGGCAGCGGCUGGUGCCGUUUGGGUUUGGAAUCGCCCCACUUCCAUCUGCGUCCUGGUCCACCCCCACCGCCCCUCGACCAUGGUGCAGCACUUCUGGUCCACCGUCGGCAUCUCGACGGUAA